GGCGGCGCGAACGCGGAAGUUCGCAGGCAGGUGGGUAGGCGGCGUGGAUCGCAGCUUCAUGGCGCGGUAGUGAGUCGGAUCCAGGGGGUCCCGAGUACUCUGCUGGAGGGUACAAUUAAUCGGGAGAAAUGCGCUUCCCAACGUCAGGCUGUACUCUUCACCUGCUCCAGGUCCUUUUGACAUUCGGCCCGUUCAUCACCGUGGGUCAGAGAGUCACCAACCAGGGCGUGGUCAUCAGCAUGGUCAAGAACGCCAAGGGUCCAGCCUGCUCUGUGUGUCUGCCCAACAGCGCCAAGUGUGUAGAGUCCCUGAAUAACGUCACCAGCGAAAACCUAAACUUCACAUGCCCAAACCCACAGGACGUCUUCGUCGUGAAAACCGCAACAGUGAUAGAUUGCACAGCUGUGACGUGCAGAAUGGACGUUGGCAAGAUGGAGUCCUCGCCAUUCCUAAGAUUUAACAGGACCUUUACCUGGGAAGUGACAGUCCUCCCAGGCCGGGCAAUUCGUCUGGGCUUUCCCUCGGCCGGCCUCAGGCAGGUGCUGCCCUCUAUAGGUUGCCCGGAGCAGAACGUGUAUACCAUCACUGCUCGUCAGGCCACAAGGGACACUGCGGUGGGGACCUUCUGCCCAAACGGCACUGUAUCGGGCAUCCUGGUCCUGUCCAAAGGCGUGGUUACUGUGGAGGUUCCAAGCCAAAUGAAGAUGGACCUUCCGUUGUUCAGUAUUUCUGUUGGGCCAGAUAUUAAGACACUGGCCCAGUUCGAGGUGGCCUUUCCAAGUGGGUUGACUGUCUCCGAGUUCUUCUCGCCAGCAUAUCCUGCCCGUUUCCCCGACGGCGACCUGAUGUGGAGCUUCGACGUCCCACCCAAACACUACGCCACGGUCCAGUUCGUGUCCUCAGAUUCGCCGGAAUGCUCCGGAGAGAGAGUGACUGUGGAAUACAAAUACAAGAACUUUUCUGUGGCGAAGAACCUGGCGGACGCCCAACCUGCCAAGACGCAGGGAAACUUCAGCAUGUACCUGAGGAACUGCAAGGACCGCAAAUUCCUCGGCAUCUAUCUCGCCUUCAAGGUGUUGGUGACACCAGCAGAAACCCAAGGAUCGUGCUCGGUCAGUCUGGCGAAGGAAGCAGGCCUCUCAAUCCACAUUAAGAAAACCAACCCCAAGUCAGGCUGUGUGAUUAAAAAGGACUCUGUCGUUGUGGCGGAGGUGACUCUGAGUGCAGGGAAGGUGACCAAUCUCAACUUUAAGGACUGUGCAUUUCAAGAUCUAUCUCUGAUGAUAAACCAGACCAUAGUGUGCCGGCAGCUUUGGGAGUGCCCCAGCAACAUUACCCUCACCGUGCCCCCCCUGCAGCCGUGCCUCCCACAACUCAUCAGCAGCGUUACCUGGCACCUGCAGACACCAGCAGGCGGCGGCCUGGAGUUGCUGCCGGCCACUGGGAGCUUACAGCAGAUGCUCCCCGGCUUCAACUGCAACGGCAGCUUCACCCUCCGCGUCACUGAGCGUGACGGCUUCUCCGUGGGACACUUCUGUCCCCUGGGGCCGAUCCGCAGGGUUCACACCCAAAGUAACGUCUCCAUCACGACGACGCCCACCACUGACAACCUGCUCAUCCCGUCACAGCAGUCAUUUUUCACCGUGUCUUUCCAAAGAAAGAUUAAAGAGAAUUACAUUUUCUUCGUAUCGCCUCAAGAGGGCGUACCGACCGUGCUGGCCACGCCUGGAUGGCCGGAAGGGAUGAGGAGCUACAGCACGGCAUCAUGGAUCAUCUCCCUGGCCAAGGGCUUCGAGGCCAGCUUGGGUUUCGUCGCCGUCAACCAGCCCAAGUGUGAAGACGGGCACACGGGCAUCACGGUGAAAACGCAGAGCUCCCACAAGGAGCUGUACAGCCAAAGGGAGGACGAGGAUUCCGUUUCGACGGUCCUCGUGCCUGACAGUUUCUACCUCAACGUAUCCAACUGUCUGGUUGAACGGGAGCACUUCAGCAUGUUCAGCAAGGUCGUCAUGAGGCGAACGGCCUCCGCGCUGCCUGUCAUCCUCGGACUGGUGGGAGUAAUGCUGCUACUAGCUGGCGCGGUGCUGCUGGCCGUCUGCUGGGUGGUCCGGAAGCGGCGAAGGCAAGACUCAUCUCUUCCGGUGUCCAUCUACAACCCCAAUGGGAAUUUCAUUGCUCCAGGACACCCUCAGAUCCCCAAAACUCGAGCAGACAGCGAGUCACACAUCUACGCCUACAUUGAUGACACCAUGGUAUACACGCAUCUGUUCCAGGAAUCGGACAUGGACGGCAUGCAGGUGGAUGCUUACCGAAGCUUCACCGGACCCACGGAUUCGGAAUGCCACUCUAGUGAGGUACCCCUGUACUCCGCAGACGUGGAUGUUUUCCGGCCGCUGCCUGAUGGCACGCCACCGCUUCCCAGCCGCAAUGUGUCUACAGUCAAGGACAAGGAAACCCCCCUAGAGUCUCACUCUGGUCCCAGCCAGGAUGCAGAACUGGAAUCGGAGUCGGAAGAUACCACGUAAAGGUCGGGGGGUGUGUUUGGGGAGGGGGACCUGAUGGAGCAGAAAGUACAGCAGCGAGAGUUGAUGCGACUCGGGGUGUGGAGACACUGGACCUUGCAGCUGAUUUCCGUCGCCCAAUCUGUGGUGUCCCACCCCUCACAGAGCCGUUUCAGACAAGGACUGGAGUGGAUUUCUCAGCACUGAUGGGUGAAAAUCCAAAGCCAACAAAGGUUUUUUCUUUGGCAAAUACGGAGUUGGACACCAAAAUCCAAAAAGCUCUGGUUUGGAAUAAAACUGACCAGAAAUAUUUCUUUACUGGAUGAAUGUUGAUUCUUUUCUGUGAAUGUGCUAAUAUACUGCAUUAAUUUCGUUGGAGGCUCUCCUGCCUUCCCUGCCAAAGCCUUUAAUAUGGAUGUCAGUAAUACUGAUAUCAAAGUUUCUAAAGUCUAUUACGGGUAUUUAUCUCCCUUGCAUUCUUGGAGAAAGAGUCCAGGCUACAAAUAGGGUUCGUAAACUUUGUUUUAUAAUAGAGUGCCUGCACAUUUUAAGUCCCGGAGCCAAGUCUUUUGUACACUUCUAUUUUCCAUAAAAUAAUGUUUUUAGAUUCUAUUAUUAGAUGUAUGGCCUUUGUAAAAAGUCACUGUGUGAAUUUUCCAUUAAAAGGUUUUAGUGUGUACUGUG